CAACAAUAUACGUAUCCGGAUAACUGGGAAUCGAAGCAUCAAAACCAGGACGAGUGAGGAUGGCGCCGCCGUUGCCGCCGAUGUUUGCCAUGAUCUGUGCGAACAAUGUGAACCGAAGUACGGAAGCGCACGACCAUCUCCAUGGCGCAGGGUUAAGGGUGUGUUCGUAUGGGGCAGGGAACAUGGUCCGUUUCCCCGGCCCGAAUCCAUACGAGCCGCGCAUUUUCCCCUUCUUCACACCAUAUGAAGUCAUGUACCGCGAACUGAAGAGCGAAAACGAGCAGUUGUUCCGCCGCAACGGGGUGCUGGCAAUGUUGGAGCGCGACAUCAUCACGAAGAAGGCGCCGCAAAAGUGGCAGGACAAUUCGAUGGACGAAUUGGCCAAAUUGGACGUGGUGCUAUGCUUUGAAGAUCGCAUUUUCGAUAUCGUGAUGGAGGAUUUGCAGCUUCGGAAGCCCAAGGAUUUUCGACCGAUCCAUGUGAUCUGCCUAGACAUCAAGGACACGCCCAAGGAUGCCAAGAUUGGCGGGUCGCUUGCGUUGGACCUGUGCAAACUGAUAAACGACCUCCCCGACCUCGAAGACGGCAUCCCCCAAGCUAUCGACACGUUUGAGACUCAAAAGCAACUCAAGUUGUUGUACGCACCAUUGUACAUUUAAUACACCCCUGGAUUAAACCUCUAAAUCACGCUGGAGUUCUGA